UUAAUAAUCUUGCUGUGCCCGGGUGCCAAGCCCUCCCCGACCAGAUCUGUUUUGUCUCCUGCUAGGCUGAGUCACAUAGAAUAGAUAGAUAGUUUAUCAGCACAUGUCCUCCAGAUCAUGUUAUCCGCUUACAAAUAUAGCCUGUUAGCGCACAGGCACGGUAGCCCUUCCGCAGGGGGGUGUUGCUCUUGCGGCUGUAAACAGCAUCGAAAACGGAUUACAGCGUGGCGGCUUGCGACCAGGGACUGUCAGCGCCCACUAGCACAGGGAAGGUAACUUUAUGCUGCUCCCCAAAUGGGACACAAAGUGGUCGUGUUUGAUAUCUCUGUUGUCAGAGCCUUAUGGGAAACUCGUGUCAAGAAGCACAAAGCAUGGCAGAAGAAGGAGGCGGAGCGGCUGGAGAAGAGCGCCCUGGAGAAGAUAAAGGAGGAGUGGGAAUUUGUGGCCGAGUGCAGGAGGAAGGGCGUGCCCCAGGCUGAGUACUGCAAGAAUGGCUUCGUAGACACCAGCACAAGGCUCCUGGAAAGGAUAGAGAGGAACUCGGUGGCCAGGCAGAGCGCACGAGUCAAGGACAGAGGCAAACGGAGCAGUCCAUUCGUGUUUGAACUUUCAGGGACACAGUGGAAGGAGCUGCCUGAUUCGCUCAGGGAACAGACACACCUCAAAGAAUGGCACAUUCACAGCACCCUCAUUCAGAUCAUUCCCACGUACAUCGAGCUGUUCCACUCGAUGAAAAUUUUGGAUUUGCCAAAGAACCAAAUCACGUGUCUUCCCGCCGAAAUCGGUCGCUUGAAGAACCUGAAAGAACUCAAUGUGAGUUUCAACCAUUUGAAGAGUAUUCCCCCGGAGCUAGGAGACUGUGAGAAUUUAGAGAGACUAGACUGUUCUGGGAAUCUGGACCUGAUGGAGCUCCCCUUUGAAUUGAGUAAUCUGAAACAGGUUACCUUUGUGGAUAUCUCAGCAAACAAGUUCUCCAGCGUCCCAAUCUGCGUCCUGCGGAUGUGUCGUCUGCAGUGGCUGGAUAUCAGCAACAAUGAUCUGACUGACCUGCCACAAGAUAUAGACAGGCUGGAAGAGCUACAAGGUUUCCUCCUGUAUAAAAACAAGCUGACCUACCUUCCUCAAGCCAUGCUCAACCUCAAAAAGCUCACCCUGCUGGUUGUCAGUGGGGAUGACCUGGUGGAGCUCCCGACCGCCCUCUGCGAUGCUUCCACGCCUUUGAAAUUUGUAAGCCUUUUGGACAAUCCCAUUGACAAGACCCGAUGUCAGGACAGUGACGACACAGUAGAAAGCGAACAGGACCGCCAGCACUUCGAUAAGGAAUUUAUGAAAGCAUACAUCGAAGACCUUAAAGAAAGAGAAGCUGUUCCCAGUUAUACCACCAAAGUGUCAUUUAGCCUUCAACUUUGAUUCGCUCCACCGGAAGACCACAAUACCUUACUGCCCCGUGCUCUGAAUCUUUGCAUAUGCGUUACCUCUUAUUGGAAUUGCGUCCCGUGCUUGAGGACAAAGUCUAUAGAAACUACCAUCAUCACUGUUAAGGAGAAUAACAUUCAAUUUAUUGAUAAAUUUGCUUCUAUGUCAAUGUUAACAGGCUAAUGCAUAUACUUGUCUUCCAUACUGCGUAUUUAAUAUUUUAGGAAACACAUUACUUAAAAAGUGACGACAUACGGAAUGGGUUUUGAAAUUGGAUGCAUUGUGUUCAGGAGUCAAGGGCUAGAGGGCUGUGAAUGAAAUAGAGAAUUUACCCCUUGAAAGGGGUUCG